CGUCGAGCUCAUACACGCGGAAUGCGAGCGCAAGUAAUACUACCGCAGGCGAUGGUCAAGAAAACUCGGGCGAACAUAUAAUUUCCUAAUCGAGACGUUAUAGGUGGGAAACCACCCAAACAAAAGCAAACUCUCACCAUCGACCUGAUUUUCUUACUAAUACUCGCGCCUCCUCAACGCGACCGUCGUUGAAACUCGAUCAGCGAAAACAUCCCCCUAGCAUCUAAAAAACAUAUCAAGUCACUGCGCCCUUUAUCAAGACAGAUAUAAUACACUAGCGAUCAUUGCUAAUGCUACACGGUUACCCUCCUUCGGGCCAGCAGCAAGCAACAAACCCCACAGACUAUUCCUGCAAUGCGUCUCCGCGACGACCCACUGCCGCCUCAACCUUCCACAUCUCAAGCACCUGCACAGCCAGCCGCCCCAGCUCCAGCAACCCGUUCUCGCAAACGUAAAUCUCCCCCAACAACAACAGCCCAGCCGCCGGCACCACCACCACCACCACAGCAGCUCCAGCAGCCUCCACCUGGCAUAUUCCUUCCUCCAAUGUUGCCACCCCCACAUGGACACCACCCAUCAUCCAUGCCCAUUUAUUUCUCCGGCCCUCCGGGGCCUGAGUUCGGUGGACCUCCACCCCACCCGCCUCCGGGUGACCAACCUUCCCCGCAGAUCGAGGGUCAGCCUGGUGGUGCUGAUGACUCAAAGGCAAAUGGUCGUCCAUUGAGCCAGACCAAGAGGGCCGAGCAAAAUAGGAAGGCGCAGAGAGCGUUCAGGGAACGUAGAGAUCAGCACGUUAAAGCCCUCGAGUCGCGCUCUCAACUAUUGGAUGCAGCACUUGCGUCCGCAGAUGAGGCGAAUCGUCGGUGGGAAGAGUGUCGAGCGCUUAAUGACAGGCUCCGUGACGACAUCACACAUCUCCGCGAGGAAAACACGCACCUCCGUCAACAGCUCGACGAGGUGUACUCCCAAAUUCCACAGGGUUUACUCUCACAUCUCAUGCCCUCCCAGUCACAGCAGCAGCCAGCAACGCAAGCACAGCCUCAGCCAGCAACGGCUGAGGCGGAGAAGAAGGAUGACACUGCCUCCAAAGAGUGAGGCAGCCGAACUGUUCGACUUGUUUUGUUCUGUAAAAUGACUUCAAUGAUAAGACAGCAAUAGGUUGCGGAGGCGCAGUGUACCGUAGACGUCCAAUUUUUACUUUGCUUCACCAAUCUUCCUUCUACACGUGUGCUUGCAGUGGGCAGUAGUUUAUUCCACCUAGUUUGUACGUACCCGCGCCUGUGCCGUUUAUGACUGUCUCCGAAAUCGAAUUUGUGUUCCUUGAUACCACUGGGGUUUGUUUUAGCUCGUUGCACUCUGGCCCCAUUGUCAACGUCGUUGAGAGGAGAUGGUGGGUGGGAUGAAAACGACGCUGGAAUUGCUGAC